AUGGUCGUGCUGUCAGGUUACGGUUGCUCGACAUCUGUGUUUACGGAAGUGCCAUCAGAUUGCGCAGUGUCCAGAGGUACCUUGUUCAACGCGAAUCAGUCUUCCAGCUGGCACGAACUAGGUCUUUAUGGAAUCAACGAGAAUGGUGUUGGCCUCGAGGCCAACCUUGGAUACUCCCAAAGAGCAGAGUUUGCUCUGGAUACUCUGGGUAUUAGUCUUACUGGACCAAGACUUGACAAUCAGACCAUCGCGGGCAUCGCAACUCCUGAGCCCUUCUAUCUUGGAACUUUUGGCCUUAACCCCCAACCACUAAAUUUCAGCUCCCUAGGAAAUUUCUCCUCGCCUUCCUUUGUCACAACGCUCAAGAAUCAAGGUGUUAUUCCAAGUCUAAGCUGGAGCUAUACAGCCGGUGCCAAGUACCGUCUCAAACAAGUCUAUGGCCAGCUUAUCUUCUCUGGCUACGACACAUCUCGCUUCACUAUGAAUUCUGUAUCGUUUACCAUGGCAGGCGACAUCACCCGCGACCUUGUGGUUUAUCUCCAGUCCAUAAGCUACAGCGGAUCAAAUACAGCCACCUUACUUUCCGAACCCAUUGCAAUCUUCAUUGAUUCGACUGAUCCAAAUCUCUGGCUUCCCGAAAACGUGUGUGACGCUUUCGAAAAGGCGUUCGGGCUUACGCUCGAUAGUGAUACUGGUUUAUACUUGGUGAACGACACUCACAACGCGGAAUUGCUCAACUCGAAUGCGCAGGUGACCUUUCGGCUAUCUGAUGUGGCCUCCGGUGGAGAUGCUGUGACGAUCGUUCUUCCGUACAACGCUUUCUCCCUUACCGCACAGCCUCCUUUAGUCAACAACAGCAGCUAUUAUUUCCCGUUGAAACGCGCGGCAAACUCUACUCAGUACACACUGGGCCGGACAUUCUUGCAAGAAGCUUAUCUUUCGGCCGAUUACGAUCGCGGCGUCUUCAAUGUGUCGGCUUGCGCAUGGAACGAAGAAGCCGUGCAAAACAUAGUCACAAUUAUACCCAAGGAUUCCGACCCGCCCACUUGCUCUGGAAGCAGAUGCUCGAGUGCCGGAAAUUCAGGAGGCCCCUCGCCACUCAGCCACGGCGCCGUAGCUGGCAUCGCGAUUGCGGCAUUGGUUGGAGUCUUCAUUCUCGCAGCAGUUCUCUUCUUCAUCCGCCGUCAGCGCCAAAAAACAAAAUACAAAGCAACUUCGCCCGAGCCAGACGUAUCCGUGCUCUCCGGCCCAGUACAUAACGCCAUCCUUUCCAACCCAGCACACACUACUCAGCCUCCUCCACAACCGAGAUUUUGGUCUCCAGAUGCGGUCUGUGGCGAUGCCGGCGAGAGCUAUAAUGACGAGAAUAGAUGCGAUGGUGUUAACACAGAGAACAGUACAGACGAGCAAGGUUUGGAAUUAGACGGUAAUGGUACAGAGAUCAAGCCGGUCUACCACGAGCUACCAGGCAGCGAAAUUUGGAGGAAAGGGUCUGGCCGGGGCUCCAUGGUGCAGCAGGUGCCCACGUCUUAUGCUUGA